CCUUUCCCUCCUGUUGAGUGGUGAAAAUGGCGUAUGGACACAUCUUACGGUGUGAUGGCUACACAUUGACUAGCUAACUAACAAGAAACAAAUACAUCUUAGAUGUUAGAUGUGGAUGAGCCGGUUUACUGUUAACGUAGCUAGUAAAGCAUUUGCGGUCCAGACGAAAUUAAUUAUCGUAGACGAAUUACAGGAGUUCUCCUUGUGCCGAACGGGAGUAAGUGAUAGUGGGAAGUAAAAGGACCAGUACAGCAUCACACAAGACUUUCCAAUUGAGGACAUCUGUACGCAGCUGCCAGCCAUCUUCAAAGAUGUCUGAAUAUCUGACGAGAGGGUUUAGGGCCCAGCUGACCACAAGCAUGGACUCAGUCCUGAGGAGAGCUGUGUUUGAAAUAAUGAUGAUCUUUGAGAACAGCGUACAUGACCAUCAAAAGGAGCUGGCGCAGAAAGGAGAAGAGAUUGCUCACCUCAAAAUAAAGUUACAGAGAGCAGAGAUCAAGCUGAAAGAAAGUGAAUGUGGAGGUGACAGAGCGGCGGACAUGAGUAAAUUUACGAUCAAUGAAACGCAAAGAGACCCUGAAGAUGUUCUGACCGUCCCUGGACAAACGUCUGAUGUUCCUGAGAUUGAUUUUGAAGUACCUGACGACUGGUGUGCUCCCCUGGGCUGCGAGACUGUGACCAAGCAAGAAGAAAGCGUGUGUCCCAGCGUAAGACUGCGACAGCUGUCCAUUCCACUGUGGCCCAUUCCAAUCAUCAAGCAGGAGGUGGUUGACCGUGACAUUGAUGACUCUCGCCAGCAAACAAAGGGUCUCAGACGCUCCAGGAGAGGUUCCUCAUUAAACGAGGGGCACAAACACAUGCAGGACAGAACCUUACCAAUGCGCGGCCGAGGAACUCGACGUCCACCAAUGAGAAACGACAUGAGACAAUUGCUCCAAGAUAUCAAACAGGAAUAUACUGACCUGACAGGCAAUACAGGUCUUAGAGGAAGAGGGAGAAAUGUAACAGGAAAAGAGCAAGAAAAUACAACGAAGAGCAAAAAAGUGAAAAGAAAAACCGCAGCAACUGAGUCUCGAGAAAAGGAGACGGUGAAAAAUGAUGGUGGUGAAAAGAGGUACUCCUGCAAGUUUUGUAAGAAAGUAUUUGAUACACAGUUUGGCCGAAGUGUGCAUGUACGAUCACACAAGAAGUGUCGAGGUUGCAAAAAAGAAUACCGUUUUCCAAGUGCUCUUCAGUUGCAUAAACAAACUUGCAAAAAACUCAAGCAAUUGUUGGCAAAACAAGCUCAGUCCAGUAACCCUCCAAAACUUGAGUCCUGUGAUGAAGAAAACCCGACUGCACCAAGCAAAAAACAGCUGAUCGAUGAGAAGGAAAGCACACCUUUCUCUAGCAACAUUAGUGAAUCAUCUAUCCAGAAAGAUGGGUCCACCAAAAAACACUCCUGCGUAUACUGUAACAAGACCUUUCAUAGACGUUCGAAGCUGAAAGAGCACGUGCGUGUUCAUACUGGUGAGAGGCCAUUCCCUUGCGACAUGUGCUCAAAGAAAUUCCGCGUUAAUCAGGCACUCAAAAAGCACAUCAUGAGAAUCCACAAAGACCAAAUGAAUUCCAGUGAGACAAAUGAAAACGCUGCAUCGACCAAGCCCUUAGAGGAGACUGAAGAUGAUCAAGAGGAUUUGAUGUCUCCAAAGAAAGACACAAGUCUGGCAAUCAACCAUAACAAUGUCCAGAGAGAUUGUAGUUCAGACACGAGGCCGAGUUCAGGAUGGCAAACAAUGGGCAGACGCUGCUCUGAUGGUUUCGUCUGCUUAUUGUGUCAGAAGGUCUCGAAAAGCAAAUACCGGUUGAUUGAACACUUUCGCACCCACACAGGAGAGAAGCCCAUCAAAUGUGAGCUGUGUCCUGCAGUGUUUCGUUUUCGUGGACAGCUAAGCUUACACAAGAAAAAGUGCCGUCAGCCUACGGAAGGGACCCAGUGUGCGAAGUGUGAGAAGAUAUUCCGCUCACAAGCAAAGUACAAUAAGCAUGUGUCUAAGUGUCGGCAGGACUUGCCUAUUCUCUGCAAGGUUUGUGGAAAAGGCUUCUUCUAUAAGGGACGCCUUGAGAACCAUAUGGAGCGUUACCAUAAGUAAGCCAGUAUACAGUUAGCAUUGCCUAUCUGUGGACACUGGAUGUUAUUUAUGCUCUUACUGAUUGAUGGUGGGGUUUUCCCAGCAGUUAACCUUCUUCGUUUCUGUUAUUUUCUAUUUUGAGAUUAAAUAAUAUAAUUAUAUGAAUUACAUCAGUAUUCCCCAUCUGGCAAAUUCUAAAACUGUACUGUAAAACUAGUAAUACAAAAUCUGGUGUAGUUGGCAUUGUCAUUUCAAUCUAAAAUAAGAGCCCAGAUGUAAAACAUCAGUGUCUCUAUCCAUUUAAUGAGGGGUCAGGUCCACCACCAAGCACCCUUUUUUUACUAUCAUCAUUUAUUUGUUUAAAUGUAAUUUUAUAUUGAGAUAGUGACACUGAUAUAAAGGGUGCUUUUGGCUGAUUCGGUGAAUACCGAUCAGUUGAAGGCCAUGUAAAUGCAAUAUUGCCUUAAAGCAAACCACCUCUUUGACUACAGUAUUAGCCGCAAUGGUCUAAUAGACACUAAAAGAGUGGCCUCGGUAGAAGCUGUAUAAUAAAAUCUCCCCUUGUUGAAAAUCUGUUAUCUUACAUUACACAAUAUAUCAAAACCACCAACCCUGUUUUUGUAUUUACUGAAGGUAAAUGUUCAGUUAUUUGCACGUAUUUGUCUACUGUUUGCCUUAAUUACAGAUUGAGCUGUUUAGCAUAUCAAGUCUGUCAUUCAAACAAUGAUUCAGAUCACCCCGGAGUGUCUGAAUACGUGAACUCUUGAGGACUUCUUACUUUCAAAGUUAUGUUGUUAUUUCAUCUGAUGCUUGAGUCCUGAAACAAGCCUGAACAAAAGUGAACAUAUUUUACGGUUUCAACUGUUCCAACGUUUUGUUUUUUUUUAUUCUGUAGGGGUUGUAUUCAUUGAUCCACAUGGAGACAAUGAUUUAGAUGGUUUACAAGCCUACGCUUCUGUAUCUUCUUUAAUAAUGUAUUAUAGUGUAGCUAGACUUACACAUUGUCAACAUUUCCCCAAUAAAAUCCAUACUUUAUA